AUCAAGACAUCGCCUCCGAUCUCUGCGUGUCCAAAAAUUUCCAAUUUAUUCUGCAAUUUUUCUCUAUUCAUUCCCAGCAAAAUUUAUUUUUUCAAUUUCAUUUCUUAAAAUAAUAUACUAAUGCAUUCUAUUAAAUAAAUCGAGCAGAGCUGUAUGCGAAGAUUGAUUCCCCAAUUUUGUUCUGCCGCAAUCCAGCGAUCUGAGAGGGGUCAAAGUCUUCGGACUGCAAACCAUCGAUUUCCCGGCGUCGGGUUUUAGGAACUUUCCGGUUAGGUUUUUGUAGUCGGAUUAGAACGAGAGGGUUUGAAUUAGGGCAAAGUUCUGAAUUAGGGUUUCGGGUUUCUCAACUGCAAGGGCAGUUUUUUUUGUCACUUCUUCUCUCCAGGAUAUAUCAUUGAUUUGGUAUUUCUCCAUUGUUUGGUUGAAUUGAUAAUUCCAGUGGCUUAGUUGUAUUUGGGCGGCUGAAGUGUGGAACAAAAGCAGGGCUUGAGCUACGUGAAUCUUUAGGUUUGUAUUCAACAAGUUGUAGAUAUGCCCAGGAGUUCGAGGCACAAAACGCACAAACAGAGCAAACACAGCUCUAGGGACUAUUCAGACUCCGAAGAGGAUGUAGUGAAGAUGAAAGAGAAGAGUAGUAAAGAUGAUUCUGUUCGGGCCCAUCGGGAUUCGGCAUCUGGUGAAAAGAGAAAGGUUUCAUCCCAGGUGCGGGAAGGCAAGGACAGUAAAGAUCUGAGCAGUCACGGGAAUGGCGAUGCCUUGGAGGAGUACGUUUCAACCAAACGGCGGAAGGAGAAAACUGAUGCCACUAUUGGUGGAGAUCGUUGGAAUGGGGGUGGAGAUGAGAGAGGGGAUGGUGACAGGAAUGUGGAGAAGGAUAAUCAUAAAGGUGAGAACUUGAAAGUUGAUGGCAAAGGGAAGGAAAACAGCGGUAAAGGUGAGAGCUUGAGAGUUGAUUCAAAGAGUAAGAGUAAACGCUAUGAGAGUGGAAAUGCUGGUGAGAGAAAAGAUGACAGUUUGGCAUCUGCACUGGUGGACAGAGAGGAGAGUAAGAGCAAAGGGGAGUCAAAGCGGAAAUCUGAGAGGGAUUCUUCUGUGCGUAAAGAAGGGUUGAAGGACAAGGACCGCAGGUCGGACAAGGACAAAAAUGGCGGUCAGGAGAGCAAGAGUGGUGAUGCUGAGGUGAAAAUAGUGGAAUUGGAUGUCGGGAAAAAGUCAGUGCCAGGUAAUUUUAUUGAGGAGAGACAGUGCAAACGUGCUCGAGAAAAUACUGGGCGUUUGUUACUAGACGAGUUGCGCAGUCCUGACUUGGAGAAGGACACCGAGAAAAGAAUACGUAGGAAAAGAGAAGGUUCUAGUGAAAGAGAGAAAUAUUAUGACGAUUCCAAAGAAGGUGGUGAGAGACGAUCAUCAUCAAAAGGUGAUCGUGCCAAGGAUGCAAAAUUUAGAGACGACAAGCACAAGGACGAAGUUUAUACCGAUAAGUAUCAGGAAGAUGGAUACAAGGAUGACAAGCGAAGGGAUGAUAAGUACCGUGAAGAAGCUGAUAAGGACUAUAAAUAUCAGGAUGAUAAGUAUCGAGAUGAUGGUGAGAAGGAUGCUAGGCAUAGAGAUGAGAGACAUCGCGAAGACAAUGAUAGGGACAAUAGACGCAAGGAUGCAAAGCAUCGUGAGGAUGGGGAACGAGACAGUAGGCGGAAGGAUGAAAAGAAUCAUGAAGGCUCUGGUAGAGAUGGCCGCCGAGAUGAUAAGUAUUAUGAGGAUGGUGAUAGAGACCACCGGCGUAAGGAUGAUCAUUAUCAUGAAGAUGAUGAUAAGGAUAGUAGGCGUGAGGAUGAGAGGUAUAAUGAAGAUGGUGAUAGAGAUGAAAGGCGCCGGGAAAAUAUUUAUAGGGAUGAUGUUGAUAAAGAUAAUAGGCACAAGGAAGAAAAAUAUCGAGAAGACCCUGAAAGAGACACCCGCCAUAAGGAUGGCAAGCAAGAGGAUGGAUAUGAUAGAGAUAGGAGAACUAGAGAGAGUAAGUAUAGGGAUGAACGGACAUCAAGAGACCGCUCUGGUGAUAAAUCUGACCAUAAGCGUUCUAGGGAUGAUAGCUCUGCUAUGGAUCAUUAUGCAAGAAAAUCAAGUGCACAUGAUGAUAGUCCAAUACAUGAUGAUCGAGCAGUCAGGUACCGAGAUGAUCAAGGCAGGAGAAGAACUAAUGAAAAGGAGGACUACAGUGAUAUGAAAUCUCGAGGCACAAAGGAUCAAAGAUCUGAUGCUGAUAGGAAGAGUACAAGCAGUGCAAAAAUGGAUUUGGCUACUGAUAGAGUUAGGUCCACUCCCAGAAAUGCUGAUUUGGAACUUACUUCUAGCCAUGGUAGACGGCGGAGUUCACCCCCUUCGAAUUCUCAUACACCUAGGGAUCACCAAAGAAACCUGAAGCAAGAUGACUCCAAGUAUAGGGAUUAUAGUUAUGAAGAGAGAAUUAGACCUUCAGCACGAGAAUAUACUAGUGCUGUUGGAGGAUCUGAGAAAACUUCUUCAUCUCGGUCGGUUGAGAAGCUUGGUCAAAGAGAUGAUGGCCCUUCCGGAGAGAUUUCUGCUGAAAGGCGUCUCAAGUCUGAUAUUCGUUCUUCACCCUUGCAUCUAGUGGAUAAAUCUCCAUCAUCGAGUGGUGACAGGAGACAGUUCAGUAGGCCUGAUGUUAGACGGAGUAAUGAUAUUGAAGAAUCAACACAGAGAAGUGGUGGUUCUCGAGAUUGGAAGGAGUACACUGGUAAAGAUGUAAGGGGAACUCGAGAUGCCAUGGAUGUACUUCCCGUAGAGGAAUUUUUACAAGGGGAUACAGAUAAUUUAUCUAUUGCUUCGCCUUUCACAAGAACUGGCCAUUUCUCCAGCGGUUCGAAGGCAAUGCCGCCACCUUCCCUCUUCAGAAUAGGUGUAGAUAGCCCUAUGGGGCCAGGCUCAGGUGAUGAUGAUGGUAGAGGUAAGUCCAGCAUCCGUCAUAGGAGGGCUGGUGAUCCCAACAUGGGUAACCUGGGCAGAAUGCAAGGAAGUCCUUGGAGAGGUGUUCCAAGCUGGCCUUCUCCUGUGGCAAAUGGUUUCUUGCCAUUCCCACAUGCUCCGCCUCCUGUUGGAUUUCAUUCAGUUAUGCAGCCAUUUCCUGCUCCACCAAUGUUUGGAGUCAGGCCUUCGAUAGAGUUAAACCAUCCUGGUGCUUACCACAUGUCUGAAGCCGAUAGGUUUUCUGGUCCUGGGCGUCCAAUGGGAUGGCGCAAUCAGGUGGAUGAUUCCUGCCAUCCAUUACAUGCUUGGGAUGCUAGUAAUGCUGUGUUUGGGGAUGAGUCUCACAUUUAUGGAAGAUCAGAUUGGGAUCAUUCCAGGAACUUAUCUGGUACUAGAGGAUGGGAUGCCAGUGGAGACUUUUGGAAGGGGCCGAAUAGAACUGGAAGCAUGGAGGUCCCACCUACUGAGAAAGAGAAUAACUCCUUUCGAAGUGGAGAUGACGCUUUGGGGAGUCGGUCUACUCCGACAGCUAUAAAUGAGCAAAAUCAAGUUGAUCAGCAGGCAGAUAGCACAGAUAUUAGGCAGCAAUUAAGGAGCUCCAAAAAGAAUGAAACUGAGGGUAGUCUGGAGGAUACUGGCGAUGUUGAUAAAAUGUCGAGAAAGGAUGAUGCUCAUCGAAUUCAUGUUUACCUUUCCAAACUUGAUAUUUCUGCAGAUCUAUCCGACCCUGAUUUACUUGAAAAGUGCGAACACGUGAUUGGUAAUGACAAGAGUGUAUCUUCUGAUGUAGGUGAUUCUAAAAUUUUUUAUAUUGAGGAUUCGGAAGCCGCGGUGGUAUCUCACAAACAUUUGAAUUAUGUACUAUUGGGAUCUAAUGAUGAUUCCGUUUUCCAGAAAUCUAUGUCCCUGUACAAGAGGCAGAAAGAACAUUAUCAGGCUGAAGAUGCCGAGAAGACUUUGAGUGGUCCUGUUCGAAAUUCCAAUCAGGAGAAUAUGAACGAGGUAGAUGAGAAAACUGAGAAACUGCCUCCAGCUGAUGACAUGCAAGGUGUGGAGGAUGCUCUUCCAAUCCUUGAUAUUGAGGAUGAUCCCAAAAAUGGUAUGGACAAUGAUGGAGGCCAUGCAGAAACCAACAUACCUGGUGGCGAUAUAAGUGAAAAGAUGGACGACCCUGUUUCCACCUCAGAGCAUAUCAACUUGGAGGUGAAUUCAGUGCUUGAUCCAGGGCCGGAGGAGCAUGAUGUGGGGAUGCCUUUAGCUGCUGAAGAUGUUGAAGGCUCGAGUGCUCCACUACCAUCACCAGAAACGAAAGAUUUGGCUGCAGAAUCUGGUAGUAACAAUGAGGAAGUUAAGUUGGUAGAUUCUACUAAGUCUGAUCCAUUGCUUAAUUCUGAUAUGUUCUCAGAGGCAUCUGAGGCUAUGAUGACUGGGUCAGUCAAUUUGAGUCGGAUACAUCAUUCUCCUGAAAGUACACAUUGAGACAAUUUAUUUUUCUGAGGUUUUGAAAUGACUUUGGUAAUUUCAUAAUCUUCGUAAUGUGGUUGCUGCUGCUAGUUAAUCAAUAAAACUCUGGUUCGUCUA